CACUGGCGCUGCCAAGGCUGUGGGCAAAGUCAUCCCAGAGCUGAACGGGAAGCUCACGGGCAUGUCCUUCUGUGUUCCUACCCCCAACGUGUCCAUUGUGGAUCUGACAUGCCGCCUGGAGAAAGCUACCAAGUAUGAUGACAUCAAGAAGGUGGUGAUGCAGGCAUUCGAGGGCCCACUAAAGGGCAUCCUGGGCUACACUGAGGGCCAGGUUGUCUCCUGCGACUUUAACAGUGACUCCCAUUUUUCCACCUUCGAUGCUGAGGCUGGCAUUGCUCUCGAUGACAACUUUGUAAAUCUCAUUUCCUGGUACAACAAUGAGUUCAGCUACAGCAACCGAGUGGUGGACCUCAUGGCCUACAUGGCCUCCAAGGAGUAAGAAGCCCGCCCUGGACCACCCACCCCAGCAAGGAUACAGCAAGAGAGGCGCUCGGCUGCUGAGCAGUCCCUGUCCUAACUCAACCCUUGACGCUGAGGUCUCCCUUACAGUUUCCAUCCCAGACUCCCAAAUAGCAGAAGGGGCUUAGGGAGCCCUACUCUCUUGAAUACCAUCAAUAAAGUUCACUGCAU